GGGGCUCAGCAGGAAACCAAGGAGCGUUUCAUCCCUUCAUUAAGGAUGCCAUCACAGCAUGUGCAGAGUGGGUGGAAGGAGCAAGCGUGACUGGCUUUCCCAGAGGCAGAUUUUGCAGCCUGGGUGUUUCUUUUUAGGUGGGUGUUGGGGCUUUUUGAGGGAAACACUGAAGAGGAGCAGAUGGGAGGAGGAUGUGUGCCCCUUCCCCCCCCAGGUGCCUCCCACAGGGGACCCUGACUCUGCACCCCCCGGAGCUGCCCCUGGGAGCUGCCACGUGGGUCACCUUGUCACCAGGUCCCGAGCCUCGGGCAGGUGGAGAAAACCAGCUGGUCUCGCUCCUGAGAGCGUGCAAACUCCCUCAGCACUGCAGAUAUUUCGGGGAUUUAGUGAAUCAGAAUAUUCCUAGUAAAUCAGAAACUGAGAUAAUAGUGAGUGUUUGAGAAGAAAAAGUUAUUGUUCUCAGUGGAUUGCAGGGAUUGUAAUGAUUCGGCUGAAGUGCCCAUCUAAUAGAGCUGCCUCUUUGAAAUAUUUGCCAUCUCCGAGGAACAGUUUUAAAGUGUCUCCUGCAUAAUUGAUUGAUUCAUUCUCCUCAGAUGCCUGGAUGGCUCUCAGAGCGAUGGGACAGGUACUGAUGGCACUUUUGAGGGGAUGUGUGUCCUACAUGGCCAGGGGAACAUGGGGAGUUGCCUGGAACUGACCCCACGCCCAUUCUGAGGGGCUUCGGUGGCUUUUGUUCCCCACAUCUCCCAAAGGACAGGAGACUCAGCCUGCUUGUGGGAUAGGGCCUGCAGGAUUGAGGCCCUUCCGAGGGAUCAAGGCCCUCCUGCCCCAGCCGAGUUCUGGGUGUGAAGAGAUGAGGUGGGGCAGCCCUGGUGCACCUGGGGCCUGCUCUCCUGGGCUCGUUGGUUCGGAGGGAGCUGCUGACCACCGCAGGCCACAGAUCCCACAAAUCAGUUAUGCCUCAACUGCACCAGAGUUGAGUGAUGACAGGCGCUAUGAUUUCUUCUCACGUGUGGUUCCUCCAGAUUCCUUCCAAGCGCAAGCAAUGGUGGACAUUGUGAAAGCUUUGGGAUGGAAUUAUGUGUCCACUUUGGCAUCUGAAGGGAAUUAUGGAGAAAAAGGAGUCGAGUCCUUCAUGCAAAUUUCCAGAGAGGCAGGUGGGCUCUGCAUCGCUCAGUCCCUGAAAAUCCCGCAGGAUCGCAAGGACAAGACCAUCGACUUCGAUAAAAUCAUCAAGCAGCUCUUAGAAACUCCCAAUGCCAGGGCCAUCGUUAUUUUUGCCAACGAUGAGGACAUAAAGCAAAUCCUGGCAGCCGCCAAGAGGGCCGACCAAGUGGGGCACUUCCUAUGGGUGGGCUCGGACACGUGGGGCUCCAAGGUGAGCCCGCUGCUGCAGCAGGAGGACGUGGCCGAGGGGGCCAUCACCAUCCUGCCCAAGAGAGCGACCAUCGAGGGGUUUGAUGCCUACUUCACCUCCCGCACCCUGGAGAACAACAGGAGGAACGUGUGGUUUGCCGAGUACUGGGAAGAGAACUUCAACUGCAAGCUGACCAUCAGCGGAUCAAAGAAGGAGGAUACAGACCGCAAAUGCACAGGGCAGGAGCGCAUCGGCAAGGACUCCCACUACGAGCAGGAGGGGAAGGUGCAGUUCGUGAUCGACGCCGUGUACGCCAUGGCGCACGCGCUCCACCACAUGAGCAAGGACCUGUGUGCCGACUACGCGGGGGUCUGCCCUGAGAUGGAGCACGCGGGCGGCAAGAAGCUGCUCAAGUACAUCCGCAGCGUGAACUUCAACGAUGAUGCUUUCGUUUUAGAAUUUCACUCGUUUUGUGGCAGAAGACGGCGCCUAUUUAGCUUCUGUUUGAAAAGAUCGUGCUUUAGCCAAGGCAGUGCUGGCACUCCAGUGAUGUUUAACAAAAACGGCGAUGCACCAGGGCGCUACGACAUCUUCCAGUUCCACACCACCAACACCAGCACCCCGGGCUACCGCCUCGUCGGCCAGUGGACAGACGACCUCCAGCUCAACAUCGACGACAUGCAGUGGGGUAAAGGAGUGCGAGAAGUCCCGUCCUCGGUCUGCAGCCUGCCUUGCAAGCCAGGAGAGAGGAAGAAGAUGGUGAAGGGGAUGCCGUGCUGCUGGCACUGCGAGCUGUGCGACGGCUACCAGUACCAGGCCGACGAGGUCACCUGCCUGCUGUGCUCCUACAACGAGCGGCCCAAUGAGAACCGCACCGGCUGCCGCUCCAUCCCCAUCGUCAAGCUGGAGUGGCACUCGCCCUGGGCUGUGAUCCCCGUCUUCUUGGCCAUGCUCGGGAUUAUCGCCACCAUUUUUGUCAUGGCGACCUUCAUUCGCUACAACGACACCCCCAUCGUCCGGGCCUCGGGGCGGGAGCUCAGCUACGUCCUGCUGACGGGGAUCUUCCUCUGCUACAUCAUCACCUUCCUGAUGAUCGCCAAGCCAAACGUCGCGGUGUGCUCCUUCCGGCGCAUCUUCCUGGGGCUGGGGAUGUGCAUCAGCUAUGCAGCCCUGCUGACUAAAACAAACCGCAUCUACCGCAUAUUUGAGCAGGGCAAAAAGUCAGUGACAGCACCCAGGCUUAUCAGCCCCACGUCGCAGCUGGCGAUCACGUCGAGUUUGAUAUCUGUGCAGCUUCUAGGUGUCUUUAUUUGGUUUGCAGUUGACCCACCCAACAUCAUCAUAGAUUAUGAUGAGCAGAAAACUAUGAACCCUGAUCAAGCCAGAGGAGUUCUCAAAUGUGACAUAACGGAUCUACAAAUCAUUUGUUCCUUGGGUUAUAGCAUUCUCCUAAUGGUUACGUGUACUGUGUACGCCAUCAAGACUCGGGGUGUCCCAGAGAAUUUUAAUGAAGCUAAACCCAUUGGAUUCACUAUGUACACUACCUGUAUAGUAUGGCUUGCCUUCAUUCCAAUAUUUUUUGGCACUGCCCAGUCAGCUGAAAAGCUCUACAUACAAACUACCACACUUACAAUAUCCAUGAACCUAAGUGCUUCAGUGGCCCUGGGGAUGCUUUACAUGCCGAAAGUGUACAUCAUCAUCUUCCACCCCGAGCUCAACGUGCAGAAGCGGAAGCGCAGCUUCAAGGCCGUGGUGACGGCCGCGACCAUGUCGUCCCGGCUCUCGCACAAGCCCAGCGACAGGCCCAACGGGGAGGCCAAGACCGAGCUCUGCGAGAACGUGGACCCCAACAGUGAGUACUCGUCUCUCCUUUGUGCUGUGUGUGCUAGAGACCUUGACCAGUGCUGGAGUCCUGGGCCAUCAGUGUGGUUUGCCCUUUGCGCUUAAAGACUUUUGAUGGCUCAGCUUUGAUUUGUAUUAAUUUCUCUCUUUCCUCCUCACUUUUUGAGUCGUGCCAGUUGGCAGCACAGUGUGUGGUAGCUGUGAGGGAACCUCCUCCUUCCCCUCCUCUGUGCCAGCACCCUUGAGUGCCACAGCACCUCCAGCCCCUGCUGCACCAAACCCUCCAGCCCUGCAGGGUGAGAGCAGGGACAGGUACCGAGCUCACCAGGAGCCCCGUUCACCUGAGAUAAGUUUCCUGCAAAGUUUCUUUGCAAAAAUCUCACCAUCCUUCAAGGCUCCCAUGUACGGGCUUGAUCCGGUCCUGUACCACUGAAUGCAAAUUUUGUCAUUGAUUUAAAAGGAAAACAGAUCAAAAAGAUGCUUCCAAUUUCCUUAAUGCAUGUAGUAUGGUAUACUGUAGCACAAAAUUACAUACUGAGGCCAUCAAAUAUUUGAUUUGCAUUUGAAUCUGGAGGGAGCUGAGGAAGGAGACAGCUGCACAACUUUGUAGCAUAGUGGAAGGGUUUAGGCAUGUCUGCAGUUUUUAUGAAAAACAGAUCUGAAUGUGGAGAAGUGCCCUCUCCUUGCCCAUGAUCCGUUUAUCCAUUUGCUGCUGCAAUUUCUGCUACUUCUUGUCUAUUAAACUGCUGUCUGAAUAUCUGCCUCAAAGCAGAAACUCUGCUGUCAAAGCAAAGUGGGAGCAGCCAGCAAAUCAUUGGCACAGCACUUUUCCCCCCUUCAUUCACCCCUGAGUGUGUUGUUUCUGCGGUGCCUUAUCAUACAGGUAUGCUCACCUGGCAGGUGGAUUGCCCCUGCCCUGCACCCAGCCCACAGCAGGGGUUGGAACUGCAUGAUCUUUAAGGUCCCUUCCAACCCAGGCCAUUCUAUGAUUCUGUGAAACCGUAUUGUAACUGGAAAAAAAAGAAUCUGCCUUCAGAAACUGCAAACUGUCUCACAAUUCUGGCAGAAUCAAAAGACAGCAAGGAAAUGUUUCUAACAAAUUAAGAACCGUAUCAUGCCUCCUCUGAGCAGAACCUUCACUGCACAAGGAAAUAAAUCUACUUCUGUGUUAGCCAGAGUGAGAGCUGCAGAACUCUGCUGCACUGCAUGCCUGUCAAAGGCUGCCAGCAAGCAGCCCUUCCUCUGCCCCUAAUUCCCCUGCUGUGAUGCUGGGGUUGAGCCCUCCUGCAUGCGGGCUGGGGCAGCUCCUCUGGGUGCUGGCUGUGGGGAGGGGGAAAGGAGGAGGAAAGGUGAGGAGGGAAGCAGGCCUUGAAAGCCAGCAGGAUUGGGAAGGGGAGUUGGGUUUGCUGAACUGCAUUGCACUAAUUGCUGUUCUGGUCAAAUGAGUUGGGGUGAGUUUCUCCUCCAGGAAAAAAAAAAAAAAGAAAAAGAAAAAAAUCUAAAAAUUUGCACUUAAAGACAUGAAAAAGGAGAAAAGCAAAAAGGUUCUAAUGAUGAAACGUUCAGUGUGGUGAUAGAAGUGCUGCCCUGUGGGACUGCGGUUUGGGGGUUUCACACUCUUGGUUUCCCCGCCUGCUCUCAUUCUCCUCAGCUGCAUUUAUUUGCUGUUUCCAGACUUCUGAGGAUUCUUUCCUCCCCUCCCCGCAGAACAGUCACAUUUUCCCUUGGAAGGAGAUACUUUUAUUCACCAGUGCUCGGUUAGAACCCCAUAUUUCUUAUUAAAAAGCAUCUUUUCACCUAGGGACCGUAUGGCAGGAUGUGCUUUCAAGAGGCAGUAAGAGCAGUAAGGGGUAGAUCUCCCCCGCAUGGUGUGUGAGUUUCUGCCUUAAGAGUCCCCUCUUCAGGCCUGGUUUGUUAGCAGUGCUGGGAAGCCUGUGCAGAGUCUGCUGGGAGAGGCACCAUCCCAGCUUCAAAACUGAAGUACGUGGCAGGAAGGUGCCUCCUGUGCUCUCGUUGGCUUACAUCUAGGACCCAGAAGAGUACACCUUUGCUUGUAAAAGCUUGCCAGGCAGAACAUGUGCAGUCGUUAACUUAAAUGAUUUUCUGCAAAUACUGGGCUUUUUAGUUUGUGACGUUUGCAGAGAACGUUACCAUUUACAUCUUUUAAUGAAUGAUAUAUAUGCAUAGAUCAACCUGUGUUCAUAUUGUAUGUUGCACCUACCACUAUUAUGGCAUUCCUUGCAUAUGUGUUAAUGAAUACUACUAGAAAAUCAAAUGAACCACGCAACUGCUGCAUCUGGUGGGAGCUUCGCUGUGGUGUUCAGUGGGCUCUGCAUGUCCAUCUAUGGGGGUAGUUCCUUGACGACCUGCAGUGAGUCUCUUUUUCGCUCUUUCGGAUUUGAAUAUUUUGCUUAAAAUAUGUUUAGGGUUCGGUUUUUAGUUGGAACAAAUGAAAACAAGAUUAAUGAACUCAAAAAGCGGCGUCACCCAAACAGAACUCUCCUCAUUGUCAAUGAAAGUUUGAAAAAGUUCACCAUAAAUGAAUACAAUUUUGAUGUUUUCUUUGCAAUUUAGUUUCAAAAAAUAUUUUAUACAGCAAAUGGGGAAAUUUUACCAAUUGGGAAACAGAAAAUAUUUUAAAAAUUAAAAAUAUCCAAUUGACUCUGUCAAGCUGAAAGUAAAUUAAAUUAAUUGAGGGGGGUAACUAAUGAGUCUGGGACUUCCCAGCACGGCGUAAAGCAAGCUUAGAUCUGCCCUAGCAACCCAGUGUUUUCUUGGAAGUGCAGAAGUGCAGUUGGGUUUUUCAGUUUGAUUUUCUAUUGUAUUUCCUAGCGGUGCUGCUGCUCGUGGCUUGCUCAGGCACUGGGGACUGGAGUUGCCAUUCCUAUUGAAAAUGCACAAAUAUUUCAUAUCAGUGCAGAUUAAUGCUGAGCCACCAGCACGGGAUUCAUGUACCUCCAGAUGUGGGGGAAUUUAGUGACUAAGCCCAGAUUUCUGUCCUGUCCUGAUCACGUACCCUAUAACCAGAGUGAAAGCCAGAAGCAACAUGGGUGGUUUAUAGAAAAAUAGCCUUGCAUGAAACCUCCACGUUUUAGUAUUAGCUUGACAAGGCUGCCUCAUGAGCGGGAGGUCUGCACAUAAAGCUGGAGGCCUCGGAGGUGCCACGGCCACUGCAAGCCGGGCUGGGGAGCUGGGGGACAUGGCCUGGGGUGGGCAGGGUCCCAGCACUUAGGAGAGGUGGGCUCAGGCUGGGAUUGCAGAGCCUGUAUGAAAGAAGAAACCACGCUAACGUGGGUGGAAAGCCACUGGAGAUGCAGCAUCCCUAUGUCCUGCCCAGCUGGAGGAGCAAGCACUCAUUGUGUUGCAGUUUUUGCUUUAGGAUGUCUCAGAAGUGAGAAAUUUCACAGGCUGAGCCCCCAAGCCCUGACCUUGGGUGGGCUUCCAUGCUGAAUGGGAUAUAUUAAGGCCACGCUUUUCAGUCUGAAACUUGGUCACUCACGACAACUCUCUUAGUCAUUCCAGUUUUCCAUCUGGCAUGUGCAUGCUUUUACUCAUUUACCAGCUUUUUUUUCUGCUAAUUCGUGUUUGCAUCUGAAACAUUGUGGAGCGGUGUAAGGUGAGCAGAAUCUGGGGGCACUGCAGCUCUGUCCGUGUAAUGAGUGCAUUCUGUGCUGGUGUGUCCUUGGUGGAUUUCUGUGCUGGGGCAGACGCUUCUCAUCACGCCCAAAGCCAAACUGGUAGCGAUGCUCCUGCUGGGCUCUGUGCUUCUUUCUGCUGCAAGAGCGCUGUCAGACUCUGAGAAAACAUUGGAACCUCCAACCCAUACUUAACUUAUAUUGAGAUUUAGACGUAAUUAUUCCUUCUCCUUAGCAACUUGCUUUAAUUUGUGGCUUUCCCAAACACAGCAACAGGGAAAUCAGCAUCUCGGUUGUUUGGUAAUGAGGAGGUUGUGCUUCUCAUGGGCUGGACCAGCAGAUCUUCCUGCUCACCAUCUCUGAGCAUGGCUGUGGGCAAGUUCAUCCUCAUCUUUUGCUCUUCUCUGCUAUGCUGAUAAAGCUCUGAGACCAAGAGAAGUGUUGCACCCCACUAGUAAGUGGCAGGGAGCAGGAGGUGUGCAGCAAGACUGAGGACAUCAGCGUGGCCAAGAGCAGCUGGGAAGGAAGGGCAGCGUGCAGGAGGAGAUGCGAGGAGUUUUGCUGAGAUCUGGUGAGAAGCAGCAAAGGAUUGGUGUCCCUGUGUACCAGCCAUGAAGGUUAGGGUCUGGCAGGUGAGAAGGAUCCAGUUUUCAGUAGCACUGUAAGUCUGUGGGCUUUCAAGUUAGCAGGUGCUUUGAGGGCUCAAUACCUAUGCAAGCAUCUUCAAAAUGGUUCUAUUUUUUUUCCUUUCUCCUUUCCGUAGCAUUAUGUAGAUACUACUUGGCAGUUGAUUCAAUUUCCAGGAGUGAAGUGCAAUCUCUGCCUGUUUUUCUAGAAAAAUUUCCAUUUUAGAAUAUUGCUUUCCUGCGUGCUGCCACCUCCUCUCUCUGACCAGCACGAUGAUAAGAGCAGGGCACGUCAGUCCUCGUUUUUCUCCCUUUGCUGGGAAUGGACAUUGACUCUGUCAUCAGCAAAGUGUGAAUAGUAAAUGUGGGUUGCAAACAUCUCUGCAGAUGUACAAACACUGCUAUGCAAAUGCUGCCAUGCUGCGCUCUGCUCUGCUCGUGUGUUCAUUCGUGUUGAUUCUUAACAUCACUGACGUGACAUUGCCUGUUCCAUUCUCUGGCGGGGAAAAAACUAAAACGCUUGUCAGUGAUGCUGAGGAAACCAAGAGUGAGCUCACAGAUGUGGAAGGACUGGGGAGUGCUAAAUGGAAACCAAAAUGCUCCGGAGUUUGUUCAGGGGAGAGGAAAAAAUUCAACCAGAUCCGCUCUGUUCUGAGCAGCUGCUGCCAUGCUCAGAGGUACCUGAACUGCUGUGAACUGGUUCAUUUAUUCCCAGCCCAGAGCUAAUUUCCUAUAUUGGUGUGUCUCAGCUUUCCAUUGUUACUGCUCUAAUCUGAGCUCUUCAGUCAGAUUAAUAUCAUGGCUCCAAUGACAGGGAAAAAUUUGAAGAGUUGAUUGUGAACAGACGCCUUGUACAUACCAAUGUAUUUACUUUUCCUGUAGACUGCAUUCCACCAGUAAGAAAGAGUGUUCAAAAGUCUGUUACUUGGUACACUCUUCCACCUACUGUAUAGCUUUUGCCUGCUUUCCAAAAAGGUAAGGAAAAAAUCUAGCUUAUUAUUGCUUUAUUCUCAAAUAAUUAUUGUCUUACAUGAAUAAAUGAGGAAUGUGCAUUAGUGCGGCUAUGUCAAAACAAGAGCCUGCCUUAAAAAUUGUUCACGCAUCCACUAGCAGAAGCACCCACACGAAGAAAGGGAGGAGCCAGAAGUGGGCAAUGUCAGCCCCGUGCUGCAGGAGCACAGGAGCCUGGUGCUCCCCUGCAGCCCCUCGUGGGAAGUGGGUCCCAGGAAACCCUCUGGAAAUGUUUGUUCCUUUUCCACAUUGUGUCAAAUGCCCAUAAGCCACCAAAACGUAAUUAUGGCCAUCAGGUUUACCAGCUAGCAGAAUGCUUGCGGGGUCUCUUCUUGCUGCCUUGCCGGCCGGGCUGCGUGCCAGCGUGCAAAUAACAGGCGCGGAUGUGCGAGCAGUCUUUUUUCGGUUACAAAUUGCUCAUAAAAAGUUUGCAAACUAUUUUUUUUGUUUUCUUCACUGUGAGUGACUGCUCCUGAAUAACCACAAGUGAACAAUUUUUGAGGGCGGGCUUUUUCUAAGUGUUGUGACUGUCUGCGUGGUCAUCUUUUGAGCUGAUGUCGUCUUUGUGACUCCAUGAACCAGAAACUGCUGUUUUCCUAGUGAAAUUAGGGGAAUGAGAAGCUAACAGCCAUAAAUAAUUAUUUCUCGUGUCUGCAGUUGUGUGUGCUCAUCCAGCUUUGCCUGCUCUGUUGAGGCUUUGGCCAGGCCUAAAAGGCACUGCCUUGGUUACCGUGGUGCUGUGCAGUCAGGGCUAGAAGAAAUUGCUGUAUAUACGGCUUUCAAAACCUUGUUGAGCUUAUCCCUAAUAGGUGGGAACUUGUAUCAGCAGAGGUAGGAACGCUGCUAGAAUUGAGUCACUGAGUCACAGGGCAAAAAUAAAACCCGACUCUAAUAACUUUAGCUGGUGUAAAUUGCCACAGCUCCAGUUUCAAUUCAGCUUGAGUUCUUGUGAAGUGUUCAAAUUGCUUUUUAUUGUGUUUGAAUCAUGCCUGUUAUUCUAACUUGCCCAGCGCCGGCAGAAAGCCUUGUUUAAGGUGUGCUGCUCUGUGUGAGCAUCAGAACGACCGGCUUAGCCAAGGGCUGGAGUCAGGGAGGUUGGUGGUGACGGGUGUUGAGGGAAAUAGGACAGAGUAGUUGAAGGGGAGAAGGGGAUGCUCAGAGUGCCACUGCAAAUGUAAUGUGAAAGAGUAAAGGGCGACUGCAUGGAGAUGAAAUUGCUGAAGGAAGGAGACCAGGAGGACAGCGGGGAUAUACGAGAGGCUGUAGAUCUUGGGAGAAAUCACUUUUUUUCUGUAAAAUCUUUAAAAUGUGUUUAAAAUGUAAUGCAUUAGGAGCUUACACGUUGCCAAAAAUAAUUUUUCGAAAAACAAAUGUAACAGUACUGUAUAAUGGAAGGAACUGGUACCUGCAAAAGCACACAAAUAAUUUUGUCAUCCACGCCCUACAAAAGGCAAUUGGUCUUUUAGGUUCUUUGUCCAGAUGUUAAGAUCUGCACCAUCCAAAGCCACGAAAUAUGCCCACUCUGCAGCUGUUCUGCAUCGGGCUCUGUUCCUCUCACGAGUGCUCUUUUUCCAGCUGGGCUGGUUGCUGGAGCUCUGCUCGCUGUGUUUUGAUUUGUCUUUCCAGUAAUGUAAAACAACAACAACAAAAAAAAGUCAAGAAACAAGACACUACAUUAAAAGCAAAGCAGUGAUAUCGGGAAAACAUCAACUUAGUUGUAAAUUGACUUUAUUUUGCUAGUAACAUAUUUGUAUGUAGGUAUGAACAUGGUGCUUAAACUGCUGCUUGACUGUAUCCAUUUCUGCUACGUGAUGCAUGGAAGGAUGUGUUUAUAAUGCUUUUAAACUGUUUUCUUUAAGUGACAAAUAGGACUUCUUUACUGGUGAGACUGAUUUAAAUACGAGGCUUGAGAAACUCCACGCGGUACAUGGGUCAGGCAGAACAGCUGUCCAUCGCCCAAACAAGGUGAAGAAGCAUCAAAUGCACCAGUGUCAUGCUCCUGUCUGCAGCCCAGUACGGUGCUCCUGCUAGUGAGGGCUGCGAGAUGCUCACAUGGAGCAGAUGGAUCCCCUCGGGU